AAGUAAAAGUAAUCUGUCCAUAUCUGUGGUUGGAAGGUCUAGAAAUCGCCGAGUUCUCUUUCCUCUUUAUCAUGUGCUUCUGCUUCUUCUGCUUCCAUAGAUAGCUUGGCGGUCCAUGACGGCUGCGUCAGCACUGAGUUCGCCACGUUUUUGUUUUCGGUAGCAGGCUGAUCGACGAGGCGAUUGUUGGUUCAGGUUCUUCUUUCUUGGACGAUAACUCUACAAGCAUGAGUGCGUGUAGUCGUACAGCAGGCUCUUUCGAGACCUCGAUUCCAAUGCCAGCAUCCAAGGAUGGGCACAAGGACGGCGGCGAGGAGGAGCGCCUUCAGCCGGUAGAGGCGAUCCUCAAGGUCGCCAACCCGGGUCCUAUGGGCCUGACUGCCUUCGCUGUCACGACCUUCACCCUGUCUAUGUUCAAUGCUGGUAUCUUGCCUAGAUCCGUCGAGAAGGUCGCUGUUCCGCUGGGUUAUUUCUAUGGAGGGUCCGUGCAGCUGCUUGCUGGGCUCGCUGAGAUUCUCAAUCGGAAUACCUUCGGGGCCACGGCGUUCUGCUCUUACGGCUCGUUUUGGAUUGCGUUCGCCUAUUAUGUGACGGCCAUCGUACCGAGCUUCGACGGGCCGGAGAAGGAGAACGUGCACGUCGCCACAGGGGUGUUUUUGUUCACCUUCACGGUGUUCACGACGUACAUGGCCAUCGCCUCAACKAGGACRUUUCUUGCCACAUCAGCAGAACACGUCAGCAUGCCACAUCAGCAGACCACGGCAGCAGGCCACGUCAGCGGGCCACAUCAGCAGACCACGUCAGCAGGCCAUGUCAGCAGACCACAUCAGCAGGACACGUCAGCUGACAGCAGUGCCACGUCAGCAGCAGGGAGUACAACGUCAGCAGGCCCCCGGCCUGGUCUAUGCUUCAUGGACGAGAAGUCUGGGGAAACGGAUGAGGCCUAUCAGGCCCGGAUGCUGCUUCUGAUUACCGAAGCCAAGCAAUGGUCGGAUGCAGUAGCAGCCGCAGCAAACAAGAAUGCAGAGGACGCCGAUAAGGCACGUCUGUUGGCAAUUGAACAGCAGCGCCAGCAAGACGAGGCAGUAGCAAAGGCUGCCGAUGAAGAACGAAUUCAACAACACGAGAAGAUAUUCAGCGGAGAGCGAGCCUUGCUCACAAUUGCAGCGGACUGGCGGGCCAAGGCCGAGACUGACAUUCAAAUGGGCUUCAAGGCCAUCAAACACUACUUCAUCUCGAGGUCGUGUCCGGCGUUGGGCAAUGCCUUGACUCAUGUCGAGGACACCCUGACGACACAAGUGGAGCUCUUCGAUAAGGCCGCGUAGAUUAUUGUCACGAACAAGGAGGCUAAGAACCUCCACCUUUCAUCUGCGACAGGCCCGAGCAGAGAUCAACAUCGACCAAAAGUGGUCGUGGUCGAGGCGGCAACGCCAAAUGCCAAACUAGCGAGGACGUGUCUUCCAAUGAAGGGGACAGACUCGC